CCCUCAAGACAAACAAUAUUAUCAGCCAGUUAUAGCCAUGGCCUCUCUUUAUUCUUUCUUGACGUAUUCAAUGGUCAUUCUUGCUUCCUUAUUCCUGGCGAGAGCUCAACUCGAUCCCCACUUCUAUGACAAGUUGUGCCCUGAAGCACUGCCGACAAUUAGGAUGAUGGUUGAGCAAGCAGUAGCACGGGAACCACGCAUGGGUGCAUCGCUUCUCCGAUUACAUUUCCACGACUGCUUUGUUAAUGGGUGUGAUGGGUCCAUUUUGUUAGAUGACACGCCUACCUUCACUGGGGAGAAGACAGCAGCCCCCAACAAUAACUCUGUUAGGGGUUUUGACGUGGUUGACAGCAUCAAGGCAGCAGUUAACACCGCUUGCAAAGGCAAUGUGGUCUCUUGCGCUGAUAUCUUAGCGGUCGCCGCUCGUGACUCCGUUGUAGCGUUAGGAGGACCUUCAUAUGAGGUGCAAGUAGGUAGAAGGGACUCGAGGACGGCGAGCCGGGAUGCUGCGAACAACAACAUCCCAGCACCCACCUUGAACUUCUCAGCCCUGCUCUCCAACUUCCAGUCUCAUGGGUUGUCCAUGAAGGACCUGGUGGUCCUCUCUGGAGGCCACACAAUUGGCCAGGCGAGGUGCACCAAUUUCAGAAGCAGGCUCUACAAUGAGACGGCCACCAUUGAUGCCACUCUCGCUAGCGCGUUGAAACCAGUGUGUCCGAUCUCAGGAGGCGACAACAACCUCUCGCCGUUGGAUCAGACGCCGACGAGCUUCGAUGGGGUGUACUUCAAGGGGUUGUUGCAGAAGAAAGGGCUGCUGCAUUCUGAUCAGCAGCUGUUCAACGGGGAUGGGAGUGGAAGUGAUGGUCUGGUUUUGUACUACGGUAAGAAUCCAGAUGCGUUCUGGGAGGACUUUGGGGUGUCGAUGUUAAAGAUGGGGAAUAUGAGCCCCCUCACCGGGCCUGUUGGGGAGAUCCGAAUGGACUGCAGGAAGGUGAAUUAGGGGUUGAGAUUUCGAGAGCUUUAGAGUCAAGUCUAGAUGUGUUAGGGUUCGUUGGUCAUUUCCUUUUUGGUUUCUGUCUUCUCCUCUUGUGGUGAGAGAUGUUGUUUGACGUCUAUUUCCUUUCUUUUUGCGAGAAGAGUUUGUCAUAAUUCCAUUAUCUCUGUGCAAUAAGAUCUAGUUCCGCUGUCCUCGUGA